ACACAAAAGCGUAAAUUCAUGUAUAUGUCACAUCAGUAUAUAAGAUAUUUAGUUUGGAUGGAUCCUCCUGAAAUCGUGUUCUCACGAUAGCUACGAGCAAGGAGCACCUUAGUUAUAUAUAAAAGCCGGCCAACAGAAAACGAUCAAGAACAUAAUCAAGAAUAGUUUUGUAGUUAAUCCUCAUGAUCCUCCAAAAUCUACCCAUCUCUCUCCCGUAAUAAAAACUCGGAGAAAGAGGAAAACCCUAAUCCUCUCUUUCUCUCGGAUCAUUCAAGAAAAAAAAACUAAUAGAUGAAGAUGAGGAAGCUUUGUCCGAAUUUAGACGAUGAAGACGGGUUAGAGACGGUUUUAGAGGUUCCUGUGCCGGAAGAAAUGUUUACCAAGAUGGGAAGCAACGCGACGGGGAGGUGGAGGAAUAUGCAUGCUCUUAUGAAGGCCCAUGCCGUGGUGACCGCAGUCGCUGCUGACAUGAGAACGCCGGCGUCUUCGUCGUCGAUGAGUAAUGUUAAUAUGCAUAUGCAGUCGAAAUCUGAUAAUGAAUUUGUGGCGUUGUUGAAGAUCGUGGGAAGUCCUCUUAUUCCUUUUCAUGUCCCUCUUGAAUUUUGUCUCUCACGACCCAUCAAUGUCCCUUCCAUCGAGGCGUCAACGGCUAAGUACAUAGUGCAGCAAUAUGUUGCUGCAUGUGGAGGUCCAGCCGCUUUGAACGCGGUGAAGAGCAUGUAUGCGGUGGGGCAGGUGAGGAUGCAAGGCUCCGGGAUGGUUGCUGGAGAGGAUGAAGGGAUAACAGCCACGCCAGUGCGGCUGGGGAAAGGCAAUUUUGAAGUUGGGGGUUUUGUUUUAUGGCAGAAGAAUCCAAACCUUUGGUUCUUGGAGCUGGUGGUUUCCGGUUUCAAAAUUAGCGCCGGUAGUGACGGCAAAGUGGCUUGGAACCAAUCAUCCACCCAGCCUUCCCAAGCUCACCGUGGCCCUCCUCGUCCUCUCCGCCGCUUUUUUCAGGGACUUGACCCUAGGUGUACGGCUAGUCUCUUUUUAGACGCCGUUUGUAUCGGCGAACAGACCAUUAACGGCGAAGACUGUUUCGUCCUAAAGGUAGAGACACCGGCAGAUAUACUCAAGGCGCAGUGUUCGGCCAACACGGAGGUGAUCCACCACACUGUGUGGGGUUACUUCAGCCAAAGGACGGGACUUCUAGUAAAGUUUGGCGACACAAAGCUCGUGAGAGUCAGAUCCGCUAGGGGCAAAAAUGACGGCGUUUUCUGGGAGACAAGCAUGGAGUCAAUCAUUGAUGAUUACAUGUACGUUGAUUCGGUCAACAUAGCUCAUGGUGGUCGAACGUUGACCACGCUUUAUCGGUACGGCGGAGCGGUUAAUCAUCGGAGAAGAAUUGAGGAGAAGUGGAGGAUUGAGGAAGUUGAUUUUAAUAUUUGUGGGCUGUGUUUGGAGAGCUUCUUGCCACCUUCGGAUAUGAACAAUGAUCGUUAAGUACCGUCGAGAUAGUUUGCCUCUUUGUUGUAUCUCUCUUUUCUUGUUAGAUGGGUUUGUUUUUGAAAAUUAGGUUUCAUAGCAAACAAAAAAAAAAGAUAUACAUGGAGUUGUGUCAUUUUGGUCAAUAUAUGUUGAUAAUUGUAAAAGAUGAGUUUUUUUUUUGUUCGUUUUUGUUUAGUCAGAAUACUUGUAGUUAGUUCAGUGACCGAACCACUAGAAAACGUUUUAUAUACACCAAACGAUCGACUAACCAGCCACGAAUUCAGGGGGGAAACGGAAGCUACGCAAGUGAAAAGGAGUGUUGUACCAAUAAUUAGUUUUAUAAACAAUGUAAACUAUAGUUAAAUUUUUGUGUACACCAACUAAAAUUUUAAAUUGUGCAACUUUUUUUAAUCCUCCUACAUAUUAAAUAAAUUAAGUAUUAUUGCUUACUUGUCGAUCCUAAGUGAAAUUUCAAGAAACUAUUCUAAUUUAAUUAGUUGAUGAUUUUUAAUUUUAAUUUAUUUAAAUUAAAUCUAAAAAAUUAAAGAUAAGUUUGAUACCAAUUAAUAUCCCUUACCAAAUAAUCUAAGAAAUAUUAUGAAUAACAAGUUAUGAUAACUAAUUGUAGUCAUUAUAGAAAGACUAAUAAUGUUUGUUCAAUUAUUUUAAUAUCUAUGAACUAUAUAAAUAUUGAACAAAAUUUUAAUAUAAAAUAAAUAAAAUAAAUUUAUAUUUAUGAAUUAUAUUCAUAUAUAAUUAUAUAAUAACUAUUAAAAUCUUAUAAAGUUUACACAUGCUUUAUAAAUCAUUAAUAAAUGUUUUUAAUGAAAAUUAUUUAUCAUCGCUUACAAAUCAAUUUAUCAUAAUUUUAAAAUUACUUAUAAGAGUAUAUAAAUCAUUUAUAAAAAUAGAAACCAUACUAUAUAUCACAAGAGAAGUCAAUUAAGUGAUUUUUUCUUACGUGUCGGUCAUUGGUGAAAUUUUAAGAAAAUUAGUAUAAUUUGAUUGGUCGACAAUUUUUAAUUUUUUUUUUAAUUUUAAUUAAAUGUAAAAAAAAGAAGUAAGUUUAGAGCCAAUUAAUUUUAUUUCGUGACGAUCAUUGGUGAAGUGGAGAAAUUGUAGUUAAAUGCUUCCAAGAUAUUUUACAUAAAGAAUUAUAUUUGUAUAUAAGUAUAUAAUAACUAUUAAUGUCUUAUAAUGUCUAUACAUGCUUUACAAAUCAUUUACAAAAAUUUCAACAAUAUAAAAUAUUUAUCAUGGCUCACAAAAUUAUUUUAACAGAAUAUUAUAGAAUUUGAUUAAACCAUUUUUGAUAAUGAUAUAACGGUUUGUACGUUGUUUUCAUACACCUCACACUUCUAAAAUAUAGUACUGACAUUUUUUGUUUUUCAAACUAUUUAAAAACUAAAAUUAAUUUUUUUAAUAUUUUAAUAAUUAUUCUAAACUUACUGUAUUUUACAUAUAUACAUUUUAUAUAAUAUUUAUAUCCGUUUUGUUGCGUAGAAAAAUUUGAAUCCAACUAAAUACUUGUAAAUAAAAAUUUUGGUUUCAGAUCAGAUAUUUUGAGUUGGUUUUGAUUCAGAUUUUUGGAUUUGGAUAAAAUGAUCAGACCUAUGAUAUACCAUAAUCAAACAGAUCGCUAACAGAAAAACC